AACUGUUUGAACAUCAUCGUCUACUUGCGACUCGGCCUGCGGGACAGCAUCUCCGUCUGCUUCUUUCUUCUCUCGUGCUCCGACCUGAUCUGCGUUACCUUCAUGAUACCGGCCGACUACCUCUACCUGUUUACGACGCUUCUCCCGACGUCGUGGCGCGUGGACGGCUACACCAUCAGCCUGCUAAUCGUGUACUACUACGCACCGUUCUACGACGUCUCGCAGGCGAUCACGACGUUCAUCGCCGUGCAGAGAUGCUGGUGCGUAGCGCUGCCCCUGCGGUUCAGGCGCACCUUCACGCGGUCCAGAACUGUUGUCGCGACGUCGCUCACGUGCGUCGCAUGCCUCGCGCUUUAUGCGCCGGUCUAUGCAUCGAUCGGCCUGCAGGGAGCCGGUGGUCUGGAUAAGAAUGAAACUUUUUUCAUCUUCUGGACAUCACCUGACUGGACCAGGGUCUUUUCCGCCCGCUGCACUACUGCAUUGGUCUUGACGACAGUAUGUCAGGUGACUGUUUUGGUCUGUCUGGCCGUACUAACCUCAAGCCUGCGAGCGUCGUCAAACUUUAGAAGCUCAAUGCAAAAUCUCAGUGUACCAAUCCAAAUAGCCGCCACCAAAAAUCUGAAAAAUUUUCCCAAGCAAAUUUUAAAAAUCACACAUUCAACGCAGCCUUAUUUAGAAACGGAAAUUCCCGUUGCACCUUUUCACACUCAAAUACAAAUUCAACGCAGCGAAUUGCCCCAAAAGGAGAGCGAGACGGUCACUUCCGGAUUUCGCUCGCGGAAGAAUACAUCAAGAAACGAAGUCCAGCUGGUGAAGUCGACGAGCCUGGUCUCGUUCAUCUUUGCGCUGUGCAAUACGCCAAAACUUUUGAUAUUCUACGCGUCACUCUGUGAGCCGGAAUUCAACAUGCAUCGCCGUUACGAGAAUACGUUUUACGUGGCCAACACGAUUCGGUUCACGUGCGAGGCACUGAACGCCGCGUCUAACAUCUUCGUGUACCUCAAGUGUAACAAGCGGUUCAAGACAACGCUGGUGUCGUCCUUUUGCCUUGGACGGGAAUAA